AUGUCUCAACCUACAGAUUCUUGCAAAGCUGAAGCUUCUCACCAUGAACAUAACAUCGGACUCAGUGAAAUCGACACGGAAGCAGAGAAGCGACUGGUACGCAAAAUUGACCUAUUUCUGAUGCCUUCGAUGUUCAUCCUCUAUCUUCUAUCAGAUAUGGAUCGUUCCAAUAUCGGCCUUGCGAAGAUCGCCGGUAUGGAAAAAGACUUGGAAUUGAGUUCGAACGAAUACUAUAUAGCUGUGGUUGUCUGGGUUAUUGGCUAUACCGCCGCGGCAGUUCCAUCGAAGACAUAUGAAUUAACCGCUAAUGAAAACUUGAAUCUGCAGUAUGAUUUUAUCUUGAACCCGGCUGUCAUACUUUAUCCCAAUCAUCACCUUUGCCUGGGCAUCCAAUUGAUUGUUUUACGAUUUCUUCUUGGGAUUUUUGAGGCCGGGUUUAGUGUAGGUACUCGGAAUAAAUGCCUACAUUCCUGUCAUUUUGCGACCUCUGCUGAUUUGAAAAUGAUAAAGCCAGCAGUGAUAUUCCUGAUAUCGAUGUGGUAUCGAAAGUGUGAGCAGUAA